AUGACCGAUAUCGAAGCAGAUGUAUCCAAAGAUGGCUCGGAAGAGCACGUCUCCCCUCUAUCAACUCAAAAGCGGCAUUGGUACCGCAGUACGUUGUUUAACGCAUUUGUGAUUGGAGGAGUUGGGUUUCUGGCUCCAGGUCUAUGGAAUGCCAUGAACUCGCUAGGUGCCGGUGGAGCCGAAUCUCCGUACCUCGUCAACGCCGCCAACGCGCUCGUGUUUGGGUUGAUGGGAUUCUUUUGUCUCUUCGGUGGCCCAAUUGCCAAUAGAAUCGGGCUCUCCUACACGCUUUUCCUCGGCGCCAUUGGCUACCCAGUUUAUGCGGCAGGCCUUUACACCAACAAUCGUUUCGGAAACGAAUGGUUCGUGCUCGUCGGAGCUGUCGCCUGUGGUAUAUCAGCGGGUCUUUUCUGGGCAAGCGAGGGAGCAAUCGCUCUAGGUUACCCAGAGCCUACUAAACGCGCCAAGUACUUGAACAUUUGGGUGUGGUUUCGUACUCUUGGCCCCAUUGUCGGUGGUGCCAUUGUUCUGGGGUUGAAUGUCAAAACCUCAAAGAAGGGAAGCGUUGGUUAUGUGACCUACCUCAUCUUCAUCGUCUUGCAGUGUCUGGCCGGCCCCCUGGCAUUGGCUUUAUCACCACCGCAAAAGGUUCAGCGAAGUGACGGAUCUAGGGUCAUUGUCAAGGGAGAGGCGUCGUUCCUUGCUGAGUUUAAGGCCCUUUACCAGACAUCCCGAAAACGCAACGUUCUUCUUCUCCUUCCCGUCUUCUGGGCUGCCUAUUUCAACCAGUAUAGCGGCAAUUUUCAAGCUUACUACUUCAGCAUCCGGGGGCGUGCUCUGAUCGGAUUUGUUAGCAAUUUUGCCACGCUGUUCUCUUCACAGAUUCUCAGCCAAUGGCUCGAUUGGACUCGCUUCUCAGUUGGGAAACGCCUUGAAUACGGAUACUACUAUGUUGUUGCAGUCCACAUUCUCUCCUGGGUAUAUGGUUGGGUGGUUUCCGAACAAUUCACAGCAAACCCCCCAACGUUGGACUGGAGCACGCCUGGCUUCGUUAAAGGUUUCUUCGUUCUAUUCCUCUGGAGCUUCUCACAGCAGGCGGCCCAGAGCUGGUUGUACUAUCUUGUCGCUACAAUGACAGAUAAUAUGUCAGAGUUGACACGUCUGACGGGCAUAUUAAGGGGUCAAGAAAGCUUUGCACAAGCGGUGUCAUAUGGCCUUAAUACGAGGGAUUGGUAUGGAGGACGAGUGCCUCUCGCUGUUAAUACAGUUCUUCUUGGACUGGCGGUUUUUCCUACCUAUCUCGUUGUCCGUAACCAUCGCCAUAUCGACGAAAUCAAGACAGAGCCGGCUGAAGGAUACUCGGAAGCAAGUGGCGAACAGGUUCAAGCAGAAAAGCACUAG